GAUAUUAACUUAACCUAUAAUAUAUUACAAUAUUAUUAAACACAAUACAAGCAAGCAAAAGUAACGCGCCUACGUUUCCCGCUACUUGAAAAGCAAAUGUUUAAUUUCUACUUAGAUUGUAUGUUGAAAUACUUAUUCAUCAUCAAUAAAAAAAUUAAUCAGUAGGUGUUCGUAAUCCGUGAUAUAGUGUAAGUUUGAAGUUCACAGCAAUAAUGGAAGAGUUACCGUUUCGUGCAGAAUAUGCAAAAAGCGGUAGAGCCAGUUGCAAGGGCUGCAAGAGCAAUAUUGGCCAAGGUUCAUUACGAAUAGCCAGAAUGGUGCAGUCGGCAAUGUUUGAUGGUAAAGUUCCUUUUUGGUAUCACAUGAAAUGCUUUUUUGGUAAGAAACAAAGGCCAAAAUCUGUUGAUGACAUUGCAUACUUUGAAAGUUUACGUUGGGAAGAUCAGGAAAAAAUAAAAGAACAAAUUACUGAUGUUGCCACAGCAGUUGUACCUCUUCCUAAAAAGGGAAAAAAACGCGAUAAGAAAGAGGCUGCAGCAAUUAAAGCAGCUUUAGCGGAUUUUAAAAUUGAGUACUCCAAGUCUAGUAGGGCCACAUGCAGGGGCUGCGAGCAAAAGAUUAUGAAAGGAGAGGUAAGGAUAUCUAAGAAAGAUUAUGAAACAGAAGUUGGAAUGAAAUAUGGUGGACAAGAUAUGUGGCAUCAUCUUACAUGCUUUGCUAAACUACGGUCAGAGCUACAGUAUUUUGAAGGGGCAGACAAAUUACCUGGUUUUAAAACGCUGAAUAAGGAAGAUCAAACUGUGGCAAAAAAAGAGAUACCGCCCAUAAAACAAGAAGAUGAACCAGAUGCCAAAAAAGUUAAAAAAGAGGAAGAUACAGUUGAUAACUCCAAUGAAAAGGAAAUGAAAGAGCAGAAUAAAAUAUUAUACAAAUUUCGUGACAAUUUAAGUGCUCUUUCCAAACAAGAACUUAUAGACAUCCUAGACGAAAAUGAUCAGGAAGUACCUGCAGGGCUUGAUGUGAUACUUGAUCGUGUUAGCGAUUUAAUGACGUUUGGGGCUCUAUUGCCAUGUGAAAAAUGCAAGGGACAGCUUAUCUUCCACAAAUAUGGUUACAUCUGCACUGGAGAUCUUACAGAGUGGGCUAAAUGCACUAAUUUUGUAAAAAUCCCCAAACGCAAAAAAUGUGUUAUCCCUAAUAAUCUUAAAAAGGAAUACUCAUUUUUAAAAAAAUACAAGUAUAAGAAAAUGGAUAGAGCAGUUAAAGAGGGCUUACCGGCCUCUAGUACCAUUGUCAAAAAGGAUGAGAAAGAGGGUGAUCAUCUGCCUAAAGUGUCAAGGGAGAAGCCUCCUCUUUACAACAUGGAAUUCGUAUUGCUGGGAAAUCUCUCGAAAAAUAAAGACGAUCUCAAGAAGUCUAUAACGCUAUUGGGGGGAAAAGUUGUCACAAAAAUUUCCAAAACCGUAAUGGCCGUGAUAUCGACCCCUGAGGAGGUUGCCAAAGAAUCGUCGCGCAUAAAUCAGGCUCAAGACGCCGAUAUCCAAGUCGUCUCUGAAGAUUUUUUGGAGGAGGCUAAAAGUAAUACCGGCAAAAUCCCCGAACUAGUUCUGAAAAAAAGCAUCUGUAAUUGGGGCUCUGACCCUAGUAAACGACUGCCACAAGACGAAUUGCUUACGAAAUCCAAGUCGGGUAGUAUGUACACUAAGUCUGUACCCAGUAAAGUGAAACUACAAUUAAAAGGGGGCACCACAGUUGAUCCUGAUUCAAAUUUGGAAGAUCAGGCACAUGUCUACGUCCACGGAAAAGACAAAUACACAGUUAUUCUUGGGAAAACAGAUAUACAAUCAGGGAAGAACAGCUUCUACAAGCUACAACUUUUAGAGGCCGACAACAAAAACAAGUAUUGGGUGUUUCGAUCGUGGGGUCGUAUAGGAACAAUAAUUGGUAGUUCAAAAGUAGAACCAAUGUCGAGUUUACAUGAAGCCAAGAACCAUUUUUGUAACUUGUAUGAGGAGAAGACUGGUAACGAUUGGGAAACCCGUGACGAUUUCGAAAAGGUGCCCGGAAAAAUGUAUCCCAUUGACGUGGACUAUGGCGAUGACGAGGUAUUACAAAAAACAUCAAACGUACCAUCGUCUCUACCAAAACCAGUGGAAGAUCUAAUGCACCUAAUCUUCGACUUGGGAAAUAUGAAGAAAGUUAUGCUCGAAUUUGAGUUAGAUAUGGAGAAAAUGCCCUUGGGUAAACUGAGCAAAAAACAACUUCAAAAAGCUUACAGUGUAUUAACUGAAUUGCAAUCUUUUGUUUCAAAUGGUAGCAAUAAGGAUAAUCGGGACAAAAUUAUUGACGCUUGUAAUCGCUUUUACACACUUGUACCCCAUAAUUUUGGAGUGGAUAAUCCACCUUUAAUCGAUGACCUGGAAGACAUCAAAAAAAAGAUCGAGAUGUUGGAAGCUCUGAUGGAAAUGGAGAUAGCUUAUAAUUUAAUGAAGGAGAGUAACGAAAAGGGUGGAAAUCCUGCAGACGCACAGUACGCUCAGCUUAAGGCCGAUAUCCACGUUUUGGACCGCGAAAGUGUGGAGUUCAAAGUGAUUGAAGAAUAUGUUAAAAAGACCCAUGCCCCAACUCAUACCAACUACGAAUUGGAAAUUCACGAAGUGUUUGCGGUUGUGCGAUAUGGUGAAGAAGAACGUUAUAAGAAGUACAAGAGUUUACAUAACAGAAAGCUACUGUGGCACGGUUCUAGAACUACGAAUUACGGUGGGAUUUUAUGUCAAGGCCUGCGUAUAGCGCCCCCCGAAGCCCCAUCUACUGGUUAUAUGUUUGGCAAGGGUAUAUAUUUUGCAGACAUGGUCUCUAAAUCUGCAAAUUAUUGUUGCGCCUCAUCUACCAACAGUGCAGGUCUCUUGUUGUUGUGCGAAGUCGCUCUUGGAGAGAUGUACGAAAGGACAACUGCAAAAUAUAUUGAAAAGCUUCCUAAAGGAAAACAUAGUUGUAAGGGUGUUGGGAAGACUUAUCCCGAUCCUAGUGAACACACGAAGUUACACGAAGACGUAGAAGUACCCGUGGGAAAACCUAUUACUAGAAACGACUUUUCUUCGUCGUUAUUGUAUAACGAAUAUAUCGUCUACGACCCCGCUCAGGUAUACACCCGGUAUUUGGUCCGAACCAAUUUCAAGUUUAAGUACUAGACAAGCAUUUUCUCAUCGCAUAUUUUUUUAUCGUUACGAAUGGUUAUAAUACACUACAAUAAUAAUGUAGGUUUUAAGUUUUGAAAUGUUAAAAGUUAAGAAUUGUAUUUUUUUAUUGCAUUUUUCAUCAAAAUACUUUGAUGGUUGUUUAGAAAUAGAGGGGCUGUGAGAGUAAAACGUCUGUUACUUUAGAUCUGCAUUUAAAAGCUUUCAUUCCAAGAGAUAGAACUUUUUAAUUGUAUUUCGAAUUUUGUCUGUAUGUCUUGCCUUUUUAUAAGGCCCUAUUAUGUUACAAUUUGCCAUAAUAACAAUUAUAUUUGUUAAUAUUUUAAGCAUUACACUUGAUUACCAGAGAGGAGAUUGUUAGUUUUCAGGUCAUUUGACACAUAAACUUAUAUUAAAAAAACGUAAUCAAUCAUUCUACCGCUUACUUUUAUUUCUAAUUAGUGUUAGUUAUAUAUAUGUUUAGCAAUUUUUGUUCACUCUUUUUUUCCUUGUAUUCAAUAAAUGUUCGCAAAUCA